UUCCGCGAGUAGAUUCUUCAUUCUCAUUUUUCGUAUCAAUAAUCGCCUCGUAGGUAAAUCGUAAUGGCGGUCUUCGCUUGCGGCGAUAUCUGAGACAAUACAUGAUCAUUAUAAUAAUAUAUAUAGUUCCAAUUAUAUUUAAAUAUUUGAAAUUGUGUUAUUUACAUCGUUUAAGUAGUUAUAUUUGCACACAAAAUUUCAUAUCAAGUGUAAACUUGUGAUAGAACUGUAAGCAACAAUCUGUGCAUUGUAAAUGACUUAAUUUUUCUUUACACGUGAAGAUUUUUCUGUCAUGUUACAUAAAAUAAUAACAUUGAAUUGUGCUAUACAGAAAUGUCUGUGCAUUAUAAAUUUAAAAGUGCUUUGGAUUACGACACUGUUACUUUCGACGGUUUACACAUUUCUGUUGGAGAUUUAAAAGCAGCUAUCUCACAACAAAAGCGUAUCGGAAAAACAUCCGACUUUGAUCUGCAAAUAACUAAUGCCCAGACGAAAGAAGUGUAUUCGGAUGACAAUACAUUGAUACCGAAAAACACAUCAUUACUGGUGGCUAGAGUACCCCUAUCGCAGCAGCCUAAGAAACAGUGGGAUAGUAGUAAUAAUCAAGGAGCACCCAUCAAAGAUGUAUCAAUUAACAAAGGCUUGGCUGAUUUGUCUCGCAUGGAAGGCAGUGAGCAAGAUAAAAUUAAUGCUAUGAUAUCUCAGUCCACCUUUGAUUAUGAUCCCAGCAAUUAUCAAAAGAUUCGCGGUCAAAAUCAAAGAGGUGUAGUGCCAAACAAUUAUACUUGUUUUAAGUGUCAGAAGAGAGGGCAUUGGAUUAAAGAUUGUCCUAUAGCGAAUUCUGGUGACCCAAUAGAAAUUAGACGAAGCUCAGGUAUACCUCGUAGUUUUAUGGUACCAGUGGAUGGUCCAAAAGCACCUGGCGCUAUGAUGACCCCAAGUGGAACUUUUGCUGUCCCAGCAGUGGACCAUGAGGCAUAUUUAGCAUCGGAGAGUGCUGUGGGUCCUGAAACUCUGCCUAAUACACCCGCUGCUCCAGAACCGACUAUACCUGAUGAAUUAAUAUGUAGCCUUUGUAGAGAUUUACUCACUGAUGCUGUUAUGAUACCAUGCUGUGGGAAUUCUUUUUGCGAUGAAUGUAUUAGAGGUGCAUUAUUGGAGUCAGAAGACCAUGAAUGCCCUGACUGUCGUGAAAAGGAGAUAGCACCUACAACUUUAAUACCCAAUAGAUUCUUAAGAAAUUCAGUAUCAUCAUUUCGAAACCAGACAGGUUAUAGCCGCAGAGCUCCACAUAGACCUUCUGCUGCGCCAGUGCGGCCAGCUGUUGCGGAACCACCACCAGUUGGCCCGGGUCCACCAUCAAAUGGAGCUGAUCAACCAGCACCUCAAAAGUCAAAUGAAGCGGUAGAGGAGAAGCCUCCAGAGAGGCGUGAGGGGAAACGCGAGGGGGCGCGGGGCGGGGACGAGUCGGACGCGUCGGCGGACGACAACAUCACCGUCACCGUGCCCCCGGCGCACACGCACCCGCCCCCUUCGGGUCCCCACGGGCCCCAGGGACCCCACGGACCCGCACCGCACGGGCCCCCGGGGCACCACGGGCCCCCCCCGCACGGGCACCGCGCGCCCUACAACCGACACGACCGCCAGCACCGAUCGCGCUACGGACCAUCUAAAAAUCAACCAAUGGAAGGCCCUGGAAAUAUGUCAAGGAGAGAUGAACAAAGAGCAAGCACUCCAACAAUCGACGAACGUAGGGAUCCGAUGUCGUCACAGGUUGUUUACAAUCGGGCACCACCGCAAUUUAUGUCAGGGGUUCCUCCACCGCAUUAUAAUAAUCCGCCCUACGGGCGACCAAUCGGGCGUUCUUAUGACCGAUACCAAGGUCACGAUCCGUACCAGCCACCACCGCCCGGUAUCAAAGACUCGCCUAAUGGGCGCAGCGAAGAUCCGCUCGAGGCGUUCAAUCGCAUGAUCCGCGAGAAGGAGAUGCGUGCAAAGCGGCGCGAGGAGGAGCGGCGGCGGGCGCAGUCCGGCUCGCGCAGCGCGUCCCGCUCGCGCUCCCCCCGCCCCCCGCGGGGCUCGCGCUCCCCCCGCCCCCCUCGCGGCUCCCGCUCCCCGCGCUCGCCCCGCCCCCCGCGCCUUUCCCGCUCGCCGCGCGCCCUGCGUGACUCCCGCUCGCCCCGCUCCCCGCGCUCCCCCCGCGCACGCCCUCGCAGCCGUGGCUCCAGUAGACUACGGUAUUCUAGAUCGCGGUCGAUAUCCCGGGGCCGCUUGCGUCGAUCCCCUUGGUCACCUCGACGAAGACGUUCUCGUGACAGAUCAUUGUCUUUAUCACGCACGCCUUCCCCGCGGCGCCGCAUCCGCUCGCCGAUCCGCUACCGCUCCGCGCUGCGGUCGCCGGGCGGGCGCUCCCCGCUGCGCUCGGUGGUGCGCACGCCGCUCCGCUCGCCGCUGCGCUCGCCGCUGCGCUCGCCGCUCCGCUCGCCGCUGCGUUCCCCCCCGCGAGCAUUACCGCCGCACUCGCCGCUACGCUCCCCGCUGCGUGGCCCGCUGCGCUCGCCGCCGAGGACUAUGUCGCCGCACAGAUUUGCCGGAGUGUACGACGAACUGUUGUCGCCGCCGCGUCGUAGUGUAGAGCCGUCGUUCGGAGCCAGGUAUGGUCCGCGGAAUAAUGUUGGGCCAUCAGUAUUUCCACCACUUGGAGCUAAACCGGUUCCUCUUAUGGGCUUGAAUAUCCAACCUCAACCUGAAGGGCUUCCUGGUUUUCGAGGUCGCUUUGAUGGCCCUAUAUUUGAUGACAUACCUCCUGGUGUAGAUCCUCCUGUUCCUGGAUACGAGCCUCCGCCUUUUGAAAAACCGCCAUUUGGUCCUCCAAGUUCCUUAGAUCGUGACAGAUUACCACCUUCAACGUAUAGGGAUCCUUAUCGUCCACCACCUUAUGCUGAGGGCUAUAGGGAUUCAUCUUUGCCUUCUAUUCAAAAUGAUAUUCCCCUUCAUGGAGGAGAACAUCCCUCACGUUACCGCGAUAACUUUAGGCCAGGAGCUCCCUAUCGUGACGCGGGCGGGCCUAUGCCUUAUAGAGAUGGCCAACCCUACCGUGAUCAAGUUUUGCCUGUUCCUCAUCGUGACGCUAAUUUUAGAAAUGGACCUCCAUUCCGGGAUAAUUCAUAUAGAAAUGCACCAUUCCGCGAUGGAAAUUAUCGCGAGAAUAUUCCACACAAUUACCGUGAUGGUGGAAUACCAUUUCGACCACCAAGUGUUGAUCCUAGAGAACAAAUACCACCAUUUCAUGAUUCUAACUAUCGUGAUGGUUUUAGAGAUGAUAAUAGCCGUGAAAGUAGGCCAGGUUUUCGGUCAAGUAACCCUCGUAAUAGAGUGGGUUCCAAACGAAAUGGUAAUCAAGAACAUGAAAGACCGAGGGAAAGAGAAGGUCGUGACAUGCCUGAAAGAUUUGACAGAGACAGGCAAUCUCGUGCUGUGGAAAAGGGCAGAGAACCACGUGACGAGCGUGGUCGUGAAUAUGACCGGAAUAGGGAUUAUGAUAAAGAGAGAGGCCAUGAAAGAGGAACUCCAGAGAGAAAAGCUCGCUCAAGAGACAUUCGUGAGAAAAGACGUAGUGAGUCUAGGGGCCGUUCACGCGACCGUGAUAGUAAAAAAGAAAAGAAAGAAGAAAGAGUAAGAGAUAAAUCCUCGACUGAAAGAAAUAAAGACCACAAAGAGAAAGAUAAAAAAAUGAAAGAUAGGAAAAAGAAGAAACGCGAAAAGGAAAAAGAGGUUGAAAAGAAGAAAAAGCGUGAUAAAAAAGAGAAAAAAGAUAGCAAGGAAGUGAAAAAAGAAGAAGAUGGAGACAAGGAUAAACCAAUAGAGGAGGCACCAAGUAUGAUUGAAGCAGAUGUUAAAACUAAGGAUGAUAAAGAAGCAGAAUCCGAACAGUUACAUAAUAAAGAUGUUCCAAAAACUGAUACUACGGAAAAUGCAAUGAACGAUUUGUAUGGUGACGAAGCUGCCGAAGCAGUUGAUAAAGAAAUAAUCCAAAAUUAUAUAAAAAGUGAAAACGUGGACGAUAUUCAAAAUCCAAAGGAUACUGAGAGUAGUAAUAAAGAUGAGCCUUUUGAUGGUAUUGAAUUGCAGCCCGCAGCUGACGAGUUAGGUGCCGAUUUAGAAAUCUCUUUGAAUACCUCCAAGGAAGUAUUAGCACCCUUGCCAGAAUUAUCAAAGUGGGAAGUAGACGAAGAUAAUCAAGAAAAAUCUAAAGAACCGGGUGAAAUUACCUCUCCUGAAGAUGAUGGAGAGUCCAGAAAGGUGACAUCUGAUGUCAUUAAACGCGCAGAAAAAGCAAUAUUUGCUAAAGCAGUCAAUUCAUUAAGACCAAUUGAAAUAAAGAAGAUCAGUAGCGAUCGUUUAAAGUUAUAUGGAGAUGAAACUCAAAAUAAAUUGAAUAAUAUUCAAAUUACAGUUCCAGUAACAGAUCUAGAUCAGAGAUCUUUAGAAACUAUUGACAAAAAGGGAAGAUACUCUAAAACACCCCCACCUCGCUUAUCAGUUAAAGAAAGAUUAGGUGGUAAAGUGGAAGAUGUGCGUCGCGUUAGAGAACCACGUGUUGUACAUAGUACUGUUGAACGCGUUAAGUCACGUUCAAAAACACCAAAAAGAGAACAAGUUCCAUAUCGUAGAGUAACAGUAGAAAAAGACAGGGGUAGAAAGCCUGAUAAUAGAUUAGAUAUCGCAAAAGAUCGACAUCUUAACGUCGAAAGGCGAGUUAAAGCUGAAGUUGUUAAGAUAGACGCAAACUACAGACAAGACGUUAAGAGAAAAGAAAAAACUUCAAAAGAAGACAAAAAAUUGGAGGAGAAGAUUACAGGUCACAAAGUGAAAGACAAUACAGAACCAAAACCAACAAACGAAAAAGAACGUAAAAAAUCUACAUUAGAUGAAGCACACUUUGAACCAGAUUAUGAUGAAACAGUUGAAUCUGAUAACGAGGUCAAAGAUGAUAUUGGGAAAAAACGAGAACAUUCGAAGUCACCAGGUCCCAUAGAUUCCAAGAAACCAAAGUUUGAGAGUGAGACGAUCAAACUAGAUUUGACAAAUGUUAAAAAGAAACCUGAUUCCGAAAGCGAGUCAUCGGCAAGCGGUUCGGAUGACUCAUCUUCGUCGUCAUCGUCUGACGCUCGUAAGCGUAAAAAGAAAAAGAAACGAGCCAAGAAGAAAAAGAAACGCGCUGCCAGCGACAGUGAGAGUGACUCGGGCUCCAGUUCAGACGAUCACAAGAAGAAGAAGAAGAAACGUAAACAUAAGAAAAAAUCUAGUAAGAAGAAGAAGAAAUCUAAGUAUAAGUAAUAUUAUUAGUCAAUAGGUAUUUUAUUUUUCUUUACCUAAAGUCAUAAACUAAGGAAGUCGAGACGGCUUCUAAUGGCCAAUAAGACACAUCUUGUUUGGGUUAAUCUUAAAUAAAUAAAACUUUAAAUGUUUUACAUUAUAUGUAGUCGUGUAUUUAACAAAUAAAAUACAUUUUAUGAAUAAAAUA